AAUCUUUUCUGUCGAUUGUUUGCCUCGUGUAUUUUUUACGUCAGCCAUGUUUGAACAAAAUAUUGUUCCAUCAAUUUUAAUAUAAAUGCAGCGUUAUGGAGGUUGCAUGGUAAUGGCUGCUGUUAACGGAAGUCAAAACGAGACGUAUUACUUACGCCUCCAUUUGCUUAUUAUGGAAGCACCAAAGGUUCUACGAGCAAAGUUUGACUCCAUUAUUAAACCGUCUGAUUUAACAAACACACUCAUCAGGGUAAAAGGAUCACUAGAUAAACUGAAGAAAGAUGGUAUUAUAUCCGCUGAACAGUAUACAUUGUUAAACCCAAAUCCAGAUUCUGGCAAAUUUGAUGUGACUCUGUUAACGUGCCUUCUUCAAAACAUCUGUAAUUUAAACCCCAAUGACAAGGUGUGGGGCGAGAAAGAUAACGCUAACAUAAAAGGAAAUACAGACCAGGAAAACAUUCAGCGUAUCAGAAACUUGAGAAAUAAAAUGCAGCACAAACACGUUGCAAGUUUAGAGGAACAGGAAUUUGAAUGCAGCUGGAAUGUACAAGCAAAGGCCAUGGUUGAUCUCGGAACCAGCUGCGGACUGCACGAUAUCCAGGAUACUAUAAAUCACAUCAGAACAAAAUCACUGGAUAAAGAAUUCGCUGAGAUGAGAAAUCUUAGAGAAAACACAUUGCUGUUCCUCAAAGAGUAUCUAGAUUAUAAGCAAUAUUACGUCGAGACAGACACAUUUCAUCAGGCUGACAAGAUGUUAAACAAAAAACAUCUGACAGUAUUAACUGGACACCCUGGCGAAGGCAAAACAACAAUGGUGGCGUAUCUGGCGUUGAAAAGAUCGAAACCUGAAAACAUCGUGCAACUAUCACAUGCCUCUGAUUGGAGAAAAAUUGACCUGACGAUGAAACUUUUCAGCACAGUCAUUAUAGAUGAUAUAUUUGGUGCUGGGGCUUUGGACAUCAGUUUGCUUUCAGAAUGGAAGAGGUAUCUUCGUGAAAUAGUGCAAGCUGCAACGGAGAAGCGAUUGGAUGUAAUUAUAACAUCACGACAUUACAUUAAGGAACAGGCUCUUGAUUAUUUGAAUGAUAUUUCAAUAUUUAAAGACGAAGAAGGAUAUAUUGUUCAUCUUGCUUCCAAUGAUUUGACCUAUAAUGAGAAGAGAGAGAUUCUCCUUUUGCGAGCAAAACGCUAUGCAUCUGAAGAUAUGCUUAAAGGAUACCACGUUGAUAUUGACUCAUGCGUUUUGACGUCUAAGAGUAAUAGUUUUAAAAUUGACAAAACAGACAAUUUUGCGUUUGGAUUCCCACAGUGUUCAAAUUUGUUUGUUCAGAAUGAGAAAAUGAUUAAAUUGGGCCCACUUUUUUUUGAAAAACCAGAGGCCUACUUCAAAACAUGUAUUGAACAGCUGUACAAUGUAAAAGACGACGACAUUUUUCAUAAAUUUUUAGCACUGGUCAUUGUGUGGGCAGAACCGACAGGUCGAAUAAAAGCAGAUAGUGUACGAAAUCCUGCAAAUGCAUCAGAGCACAUUAGAUAUGUUGCAAGUAUAUUUGAUAUAGAGGUUAACCGUAAAUUCAUUGAGAACAUAAUCUCUUCGUUAAAAAGUCAUCAGAAAGAUUUGUUGCUGUAUGUGGAACAUUCCGGAGAAUACAUGUUCAGUCAUAAUGUUAUUGGUGACAUGGUUGGUGUUGUUCUUGGAGAUGCAAGACGCAAAACUGUUGAAACGAUCGAACUGUGCCCGCGAGAUUUCCUCAUGGACAGGAUUUGUUUAGAGAAUGCGAAAAACAAAGAAUUUCGUGUAGUUGUCGGCAUAGAUAAUUAUCAUCAUCUUUGCAAAAAGUACGCUAAAAUACUCUGCCAUGGAACACAUAUACAGAUACAGGCACCAACAGUUGAUGAACCCCAAUAUGUCAAUAGAAUCGGGUACCACUCCAUUAACACACAGAUCAUUUUUGAUGCUAGCUACCAUAUUAGAGAUAUUGUUCCAAGAUGGCCAGGUUCGGUGCAUGAUGCCCGAAUCCUUCGUAACAGUGGAGUGUACCAGUUCAUGGAGGACAACGUUGAGCAAGAAAGACACCAAUACUUGCUGGGGGAUUCGGGCUACCCCUGUAAACGCUGGCUUUUGACCCCAUUUUUACGGCCUGAUGGUGAACAUCAACUUAACUUCAACAUUGCUCAUAAACGAACCAGGUCUGUGGUGGAGAGGGGGAUAGGGCAGCUGAAACGAUGA